GUUACGAAUGGGCUCAACGUGGCGCGUGAGGAAGCGGGCCGCCUCCAAAUCGAUCGCGCUCAACCCUACACCUGACUUCGCCGCCCUGAAAACCCCCGCCGCGAAAGCCGCAACCGGAACCGGAGUUGACCGAUGGCGAUUGCAGCGGCGGCGGCGGGAGCGGUUUCCUCCCCCAACCUAUACUACCGCCCUGGCAACCCUCGCCUACCACAUCAACAGGAAACAGCGGCUUCGGCGACACUCAUCGUCAAGCCCAAAUCGGCCAUAUUCGGGAGACGAGCACUGUCUUCUUUCCUCUGUGAUUCCCAGCGGAAUGAUGACGGAAGGACUGGGGUACUUCCUAUUCGGUCAGAGAUGACGACGGAGUCGGCGACGAGCGAUGAUCCAGGGUUUGCCGAUAGAGGCGCGGGUCUUCACCACAUCCCACGGAUCUCCCCUCUUAUGGCGGCGUCCCCGGCGGUUGCCUCCUCCGUUGCGCUGCCUCCGAAGAGGUACAAGAAGAGCGUUUGCCUCUUCUACUGCGAGGAGAUGAGGGAGCUCGCCGAGCGCGUUGCCUUGGAGAGCGACUCCAUCUAUCUGCGUAGCAUCUCUUGGAGGAAAUUUGAGGAUGGUUUCCCAAAUUUAUUCAUCCCAAAUGCUCAUGGCAUUCGUGGGCAACAUGUAGCAUUCUUGGCCUCAUUUAGCUCUCCUGGAGUAAUUUUUGAGCAGCUGUCUGUCAUCUUUGCGUUGCCAAGGUUGUUUAUCUCCUCAUUUACACUUGUUCUUCCCUUUUUUCCAACUGGAUCUUAUGAACGUAUGGAAGAUGAAGGGGAUGUUGCAACAGCUUUUACCCUUGCUAGAACUUUGUCAAACAUUCCAAUAUCAAGAGGUGGACCAACUAGUUUGGUCAUUUUUGACAUUCAUGCCCUGCAGGAGAGAUUCUACUUUGGAGACUCCGUCUUGCCAUGCUUUGAGAGUGGGGUGCCUUUGCUAAAGAAUAGACUUCAGCAACUACCAGAUUCUGAAAAUAUAUCUAUUGCUUUUCCAGAUGAUGGUGCAUGGAAGCGAUUCCAUAAGCAACUUCAACAUUUUCCAAUGAUUAUUUGCAACAAAGUUAGGGAAGGUGAUCAACGAAUUGUACGUCUAAAAGAGGGUGAUCCUAGAGGCCGUCAUGUUGUUAUAGUUGAUGACUUGGUGCAAUCAGGUGGUACUCUGAUUGAAUGCCAGAAAGUAUUGGCUGCUCAUGGGGCAGAGAGAGUCAGUGCCUAUGUGACCCAUGGUAUCUUCCCUAAUAGGUCAUGGGAGCGAUUCAAUAAUGACAAUGGAGUGGGUCCAUCAAAUGGAUUGAGCUACUUCUGGAUAACUGAUUCGUGCCCACUCACAGUAAAGGAAGUAAAGAACAGACCUCCCUUCGAAAUUUUAAGCCUUGCUGGUGAAAUUGCUGCUGCUCUUCAAAUAUAGAUCCAUUUGGAACAAUGGUGCUGGUGCUGUUACCGAGUUGUGGCGUAAAUGAAUCAAGUGGGAGAGUCUGGAUCAUUCUGGUUUCUCUCAUGUAAUUUAUUUUUUGUUUAUAUUUGUACUUGUAAGUAGCAAAGGUACUCUUUUGGAUGCUAAAACCCUUGUUUGGUUUGGCUUGGAAUAAUAAGGGCCUCUUGGUCAGUUAAUAUGACUUGAUGGAAGUAUAGUGCAACUAUUGACAUUGUUUUAUAGCUUUUGGAUAAUACUUGAGCCAU